AUGGCAGGAGCAGCUGGUGGCCGCGAUCAACCCUCGAAUGAUCCGACGAGCAGUUUCGCGGGGUCUGCUCCCUCGCACUUCGCUUCGCCUUACUACCCGAUCGACACCGAGCUGACCAACAUCUCGCCCAACUACUCCAUGCCUCCCUAUGCGCGACCGAUAGAAGAGGGGGUAACUUCUGUAGACAAGAUAAACCAUGGAGCCAUGAACAACUUGCCCAUGGGCCCAAAUGGCGCGGCAGCCUCUUCUGCUCCUGAUCCAGCAAUGGCUCCUCCACAGACGCCAAAUCAGCCUACCUUUGCCUCAGCUGGGACACGUGCAAGUGUUGAUAUAUCUUCAGAGACACCCCAAGAAGCUCAGACUGGUGACAAAAGAAAACGCUCAAAGGCCUCCCGUGCAUGCGACGAGUGCCGCAGGAAGAAGGUCAAAUGCGAUGCCCCCACUGAGGUGGAUGGCACUCCAAAGACAUGCACGAAUUGCCAGAAGGCUGGCGUGAAUUGUGAAUUUGAGCGCAAGCCCAUGAAGCGUGGUCCAAGCAAAGGAUAUAUCAGCGCGCUGGCAGAGCGAGUUCAUGGGUUAGAACAAAAGCAGAGGCAGUCACUGGACGCGGGUCCCGUAGGGUUCGCCGAGACUUUUUCGCCAGAUGAGCCAAGUGGUCCUGGUUUUAACCGCGCCUCUUCUUUCUCCGCUCCCACGACCGUCAACCCAUUUGCCAGAGCCGAAUUUCAGCGAGAUCGCAUUCCAAGCACUGGCGGCUGGGGCAUCAAUUCGAUCGCUUCUAGUCUUCGACCGCGUGCCAGCGGAAGCCUCGCAAUCGCUCCGAACGAAACUCUUUCCCCUGCGGCUUUGCUUGCUGAAGAAGAGGCCAACUCGCGGAUUCAAUAUCGCGACCCUACCAAGACUUUCUGGAGUCAAAUCCGCGUUUCUCGCCCCGCAAAACGUCCGCGCAUCCAGGGUCCCAACGAAGACAUGGAGCCAUUCAAGAUGGACGAAGCGUCUCUUGCCAAGUACUAUGAGCAGUAUCAUCCACUCUUUCCUUUGCUUCCCGAACGCAUGAUGGUGGAUGCAGUUGUCGCCAACGCCAACUUCGAGAUGCAACAAGCCUUCACUGUGGCUGUCGACUUAUUGCCAGACCUGAGAGCCGGAGUCACUCUCAACGGUGCUCACGAUUCUUCCUCCUUGAACAACGACGUUGACCCAGCCAUUAGCCGCCCAACCUCGACUCUCAAGUCAUCCCUCUUUGAAAACUACGACAAGUUGGCAGUCUAUCUCUUUGAUCAGGUUUGCCAGGCGGCGGAUCAUUUGGUGGACCACAAUCUGACACUGCUCUGGACUCUUGUCCUGGUGAUGUUGACCUGCGAGUAUGAUGUCAAGAAAAUCGAAGACGGUGGAGCCUCGUCUCGGGGACGUCAGUUUAACGUUAACCUCUGUCGAUUUGUCCUGAACCAGGUGCAACGCGAUAUUGCCCAUGGUUCGACUACCGUCAUCUCUGACCUGGCUGGCUUCACCAAAGUUCUCAACAUGGCCAUGAACUGCGUCCGUUUCAUGUUCAAGUACCACACCUUGGGUGAGGGUACCCAUCCAUCCGCCAUGCCAUCAGCAAAAGACCUCCGUGUUCAAGACUACAGUGUCAAGGCGCUUCCUAUUGAGGCAGCGUACAUCGCAAUCAGCUCGAAUCAGCUUGAACUUCUCGCUGACAUCCUCGUGCCACGUAAGCCGAACAGUGCAGGAGCGCGAAUGGCCCUAAAAGCCCUUUCGGAGAGCGCCUUCGACUUGAACGUGGAGCAACUCAACGGAAACCCCGAAGAUUCUGUGAUCUACAAGCAAUUGAACUGGUUCAGGGAGCUCCUCGUGAGUCCGUAUCAAGAUCACGAGCCUGCCCUCCCGUCGCCUAUCCUCGACUGUGUCGAUAAAUUGUCCAUGGUCCUCAUCGAAGAGGCGAAUGCGACCGCGAAUGCGCCACGAUACAAUCCACUUGACCUCCACACCUGGUCUGUGGCGACGAUCACCCUCUGCGAGUUCGUGACCGACAUCACCAGCAAGCCAGCUGUCAAGUUUGCGCGUGAGCGCCUUGAGGAAUUCCGCAAGGAGCUCCAAAAGAAGUCGGAUGUGAUGCACCAGCACUAUGGCUUUGAGUGGUUCUUUGGUGGCAGAAUGACACACUGGGCAGAUGCUCUUCUGGCUAUGAUCGACUACGUCCAGACGCAUCCCUCUGCGGCCGACGAAGCCACGGAUGAGACUGAUCUCUUUGUCCCUACAUUCACGCGUCUGAUGGAGAAAGGAUGGUUGCAUGCUCUUUUUUACUUUGCGAGAGAAUGA